AUGGCAUUGAGUUUUGAAUUUGCUUUUUUUCAGGUUAAAUGGUACAUCUGCGGCCCAACAGUCUACGAUAGCUCCCAUAUGGGUCAUGCGAGGGCGUAUUUGUCAAUGGAUAUCCUUCGAAGAGUGAUGACAUCUUAUUUUGGUUAUGAUGUUCAGUAUGUUAUGAAUAUUACCGACAUUGAUGACAAAAUUAUCAAAAGGUUUCUUCCUUUUGAUUUUCAGAGCUCGACAACGUCAUUUACUUACGAAGUAUCUAGACACGUCAAAGGAACCAUCCGUUGA